AUGCAAGCGUAUUUAACUAGUAAGAUUCAUUACAUAUUUUGUCUUUUAUUGAUCGGUAUUGGGGUGGUGUCGCUGGAGGUUCGCGCGGAGCGGCUGUCUAAGGACUUCUAUAUGAUCCUUCCACUCGGCGUCCGCAUCCCGUUUUGCGUGCUGACCAUCUUUAUGGCGGCCUUUUACUGUGGGAUGACCCUGGGAUUGAUGAAAAUAAAUACUUCGACGCUGGAGAUUAUAGCCGAGUCGGGGCCGGAGGCAGACCAACGCAAUGCAAGGUUGAUCCUCCCCCUUCGCCGGAUGGGGCAUCAACUGCUGGUAACUCUGCUCUUGGGGAAUAUGCUCGCGAUCGUCCUCACCUCCCAGCUCAUCGCGGCCAUCUUGAACUCGAGUAAAGUUAUAAAUUUCAUGGCGGGGACUUUAGUCAUUUUGAUCUUUGGCGAGAUCAUUCCGAUGUGUAUUUGCUGUAAAGGAAGUAAUGCACUUGUGGUGGGAGGCAAAUUAAUCCCCGCACUGAAGGUCUCGCUUUGGAUCUUCUACCCGAUUGCUAAGCCGCUGGGGAUGUUGUUGGAUUUAACCGUCAAACAUGAGCCCGGUCAAAUUUUUGAUCGGAAUGAGUUCAAGAAGCUAAUCAGCAUGCAGUAUGAUAAAUUCUCAGAAAAAAGCGGGAUCGAUAAGGAGCAAGUUCGGAUGAUGCUUCGAGUCCUGGAGUUAGAUGGGCGAACCGCAAAAACAAUCAUGACCCCUCUGAGUGAAGCUUUCAUGCUGGAGGGCAACAUGGUGCUGAAUUAUAAAUUGCUCAAAUGUCUGUGGAAUAUCGGGAAAUCGCGGUUGCCUGUGUAUGUUGAUGAGCGAACAAACAUUGUCGGGGUGCUCUACGUCAAGGAUCUCCUCAAUUUUUUCCUCCUAGACCACAAGGUGUCGACGACGGUCUACAAUUUCGUGAUGAGCAAGGCACGCGAUAUCGUGGUAGUGGAUGCCAACCUCCGUAUUCAGGAGAUUUUGGCAAUGUUCAAGAACCGUAUUCCACACCUCCUUCUUGUGAGUAAUUGCAAGAAAGGUGAUAGCCAAGUCACCACUCAGGUCGUGACGCCAGUUUGUGCAUACCAAGAGGGCUUCUCGACGGAUCUCAAACCCAAUCAGUGCCCCCCACCGAAGAAUAUACAGAACGAGGAAUCGAACGGCCCCUUUAUUGGAAUUCUCACGUUGGAGGACGUCAUUGAGGAGUUAAUCGCGGCGGAGAUCUACGAUGAGGAUGAGUACACGGAUCGUAGUUUUAACCCCAACGACGCGGCAUUGACUUCAAGCCCAACGAAGAUGCCGCCCAAUUACAAACUGCACGUGAACUUCUACUCUUACGGGUUGGAAGACAUUGACCAACCCGUGAGCGGGCUGGGCAAGACCCUAUUGGAUGAGCAGAAGUGGGUUUUGGCGGAUUAUAUCACGCGAAUGUAUGUCGCCUUCGCGACGUGGAGCGUCGAGGAUAUGAAAAAACUUCUCGACUACGUUGGGGACCGCAUCAUCAACGUCACCGUUGAGAUCUCGUUGUGCGGCAUGGUGAGCCCCGACCUUAUCCUCUACAAUGCUGGGGUGCAGACAGAUGUAUUCACCCUUCUCCUCGGUGGCGCCGCGGAGAUGAAGGUGGAGAAGAAGCUCUCCACGAAAGUCUACUCCUUCUUCGCCUUCGCCGAGGAGGUUCUUCUGAGCGAUCAGAGCUUCGUUCCGAACUAUACUGCUGUAAUUACGAGGAGCAGUCGUGUUUUGCAGAUUUCCCGUGAUGAUCUCCGCAUGGCGGAGGAACAUUUCAAAAGUGAUAAAAAAAAGGAAAAACACAUGGCUAGCGGAUAA